AUGGCAUUCCUACUGUCAGCAUGGCUCCUCGUGCAGCCGGCGGCGGCGGUCAUGGUGCCCUUCGAGAACUGUCUCUCGGAUUCGUAUAGAUAUAACGACCCCACGCUGCUGCAGUGGGUACCGCUCUACGUCGACGCCUCUUUCGACACCGAGGACCCGAGACAUCGGCUUCAAGUGACGAUGUGGGGGAAUGUGACGGGGUCCUUCUAUAACGUCACCCUUCCACCACCCGGCAGCCCGGACUGGUCUGACCCGGCCAAGGUCGACGGGAAGAUCCUGGACGAACCCGAGCCGAACUCCCCACACCCCAAACUCACGACACUCCACAGCAAGGUGAAUUUCCUGACGUACGAGCCCUGGCAUGAGGAUGCGAAGUUCUGCAGUACCUCCUUAACCAAUGCGUCAUGUCCCCUGGCGCCGGUUUUCAACACGACUUCACUCCCCGCCCCUUACAACCUUCCAUCCGUGGGCAUGAGCCACGAGUUCUUCUCGUCCUACGCCUUCACCUCGCUCUCGGCCACCUUCAUCAUCAUCUACGGCGACUCGAAAGGAACCCAUAUUGGGUGUGUAUCUGCCACCGCGACCCCUGACCUGGGUGAUCUGAAGUGGAUGUUGAAGGUCCUGCCCGUGAUCAUUCUGUUGUUUGUCGGCAUUGCGACUGUCUUUGCUGGCAUCUUCAGCCCCUGGGGCGCCACCGAUAUUUUCCACUGGACCUCGAACUAUGGCCGCGAUGCCGAUCUGCUGCGCCUCGUCACACCGGGAUUCGGCGACUGCCUGCAGUACAUACAAUUCGUGGCGCUGACCGGGGGUCUGACGCUGAGCUACCCCGGUUUCUAUCAGCCCAUCGUCAGCCAGGCGUCAUGGUCUGCGCUGAUGUUCAACCAGAGCUUCGUCAGCAAGGAGCCCGGGUGGCAGAAUAUGGUCGAUGGCAUCUACGUGACCAACGGCACCUAUGGUCUUCAGCAUCUCGCCCAGCUCGUGGGCUUGAGCAAGGUCGAGGACAUCUGGGCGGGGAUGGCUGUCUGGCUUCUCGUCAUCAUAGGCUUCGUCCUCGUCCUCGUCCAGGUCGCCUUCCUCGUGCAGUGGAUCUACCGAAACCUGAAAAACGUCCACGAGGAAGACCUGCGUGCCAAGAACCUCCCUUUCUCGCUGGGGAACGUUAUCCGCAUCGUGUUGAACUACUUCUUGUUGCCGAUCGUGGCGCUCUCGACCUUCCAACUCGUCGUGACGCGCGAGUCCCCGGCCUACACUGUCGCGCUGGCGGUAGUGACUCUAGUCCUGAUCGUCGGAUUCACCGUGUGGCUCCUGUAUCUGAUCGGGUCGACGAAGCCGAGGGCCUUCUUGUUCGACGACUUACCCACGCUGUUGUUGUACGGGCCGCUGUACAACACCUACUCGGACGAGGCGGCGGCAUUCGCCCUCAUCCCUGUCUUUCUCACCUUCGUGCGCGGAAUCGCCAUUGGGGCGGUGCAACCGGUCGGAAUUGCCCAGCUCGUGCUGCUGGCGAUCUGCGAGGUCAUCCAGAUCCUGACGCUGCAUGCCUUCCGUCCUUUCCAUUCUCCGACGUCGAUGAAUGCCUACCACACCCUGUUCUCGGCCUUGCGGCUCGUCACCGUCCUCAUGAUGGUUGCCUUCGUACCUUCGCUUGGCGUCGAGGAGGGGACGAAGGGUUGGAUCGGCUAUGCGAUAUUGCUGACCCACGCCGGUGUCUUGGUGCUAGGGUUCCUCCUCAACGCGCUGCAAACCAUUGUCGAAGUGGUCGCCAGGAUGCUGGGGGCCGGGGGCGAUGACGUCCGUGGCCAGACCCGAGGGGGCUUGUCCAAGAUAUUUGGAAUGCGGCAACUCGCCCGGCGGAUGUCGAGGCGAGAAGCCGGGCCGUCGAGGCAGAGCCAGCUGUCGAGUGCAGGAAUGCUGGACGCAGAGGAGGCAUCGAAAUCCGGAUACAUCAUGGCAGGCGGCCGGGUGAGGAGCGAGUCGGCCGGCAGCAUGGGGGGGGUUCUCUUGAACCACCACAGACACCGGAGUUCCUCUGCCAUGGACACGAUCAGCUUCGAGGGGCCGAUGCGCAACCUCGACAGUGGCGCGAGCUCCUACACGCCCACCACCCCCGGCGAGCCGAGCACCUUCUCUUUUUUGCCAUCCCCGGGUUUCCCGAUUCGACACUCGGCGAACGGGCUGCCUCUCCAGGCUGCCGAUCCAUACUACCGACCGCCGCGAGCCCGACAAGCAACGUUGGAUAGCGCCUCUUCUCCGACCGACAAGACCCGCGGAUCGUGGGCGAGUGGCGACCUACCUCAGCGAGGACCUACCACCCCCAGGAAGUCCGCUCUGGACCCCUCGCAACUUGAGUCGCAACUCGAGAGAGGCGAGACUCCCGACCCGUACACCUCGCCACCAAUCAGCGCGGGGGCCGAUUAUUCGACUCGAGAGGUGGAUUUCUAUUACGGGGUCCGGGGCGAGAGGCUCAAUGCCGAUGCACCGAGCCGCAAGCUCGGAACCGGCCCGGCGGAUCCGACGGGGCCCAUGGCGUCUGCAGCUGGGUGGCUCCGCACCUUGUUGGGCGGCAAGAGUAAAGAGAAGGGCAAGGGUUUCGAGGUCGUCAGGAGCGCCCGGAUGCCGCCGGCCAUGCGCGCCGGCGGCGGCGAGUACGGCGACGAUUCCGCGCCGCAGGGCAUCCCUGUCGCCAUGGGUGUCCUGCGCAACGGGCCGAUCGAGUCCGACGAGGAGGACGAGGCGCAGCGGAAGAAGGCGAAUCGGCGCAUCCGUACGGAUGAGCCGGCCGGUGCCACCGAGCUGCUCGACGUGGACGGUAACCCUCACGAAGACGACUCGGACGAGAUCGAAGGAUCAAGGUUGUCCGCCGUUGCUCCCGUGCUGCCCGACAUAGACAGCGGUGGGAGCAUCAGGAUGCCGAGCCGGAUUCAGUCAAAGGCGAGCAGGCGGGCUGCAGGUAGCAGCGGUUCCGACAGCGAUAUGCCCCCUGUCCCACAGGUUCCGCGGAAGAGCUCGAAGCGAGACUCUGGAGGGGAGCUGUUGAGUCAUGACCGGAACCCGUCCUUCACCCUCAGCCCGCCGUCGGAAUCACACGCGGCUGCGACCCGGAACCAGACGAAUAAUCCCGGGGGUUCGGUGGCAAGCCCGUCGCGGCUCCCCUUUGAGCGCAGCAGCGGCUCGCAGAAGGGGCCCUCGUCCACGUCGUCCACGUCGGGCGUCGCCGAGGACUUCAGCGACGUCGACUUGCGCGGCCCUCGCGGCAAUCUCGAAGAACGGCCGACCAGCUACGGCUACGUCAGCCAGGGCAGCAUCAGCCGGGUUCACGGAAACGAAGAUCUGCUUGGCAGCUCGGCCGAGGUCGUUGAUAUGAGAAGAUGA